AGCUGUCAUUCUAGACUUUCAGUGAUGUCAUCUUUAAAACGAUGUGUCAAAAUGUAUGGUAAUUCUGUGCAUUUCUGUGAAAAAAUGAAAAAAUAAUACAUGUGUUCCAGAUGGUGUGGAAGUCUGCAGAUGUGUGCUUUUAUAUUCAUGCAUGUAGUUAAAAAUGUUGGACUAAUACAGAAUUAAUUGACAAAUUUUUUGAAAAUGUCAUUUAAAUCAUACCGAAUGUGAUGUUUUAUUGAUAUUUGAAGGGACGUUAUCUUUUGACUUUGGAUGUUCAGUCUUUUAUCGAAAAGCCAGACAAUUGAAUAAUUUUAAGUGUUUUGAUAUAUACAACUUUAGACAAGAUUUAUAGUAAUGAUGCAUAAGAUGGAGAGCUCUUCAAAUUUCUAACGUAAUUUUCUUAAAAGUAUAUAAUCAUUGUGACAGCUGAGAAAUGGAUAAGACAAUGCUAUUUUGUGGAUUUGUGGAGGGUGUAUGGCCUUGGGAUAAAAGGUGGACUAAAGGCACUCGUCCAAGCUUAAGGCAGAUCCACACAAGGAUGUCUGCAGCAUACUUCCACAGGGGAAUCUCCAGACUUCGUGCUGAAGAGCUCCUUCAGCAGGCAAAGGAUGAUGGGAGUUUUCUUGUGAGAGACAGUGAGACUUUGUCAGGAGCAUAUGUGCUCUGUUUGCUGCACCAGAACAGAGUCCACCAGUACAGAAUUCUACCUGGGAGAGAUGGAAAGCUGUCAGUACAGACAGAAGGUGCUAAACAAGAGUCUUCAUACAAUGAUCUGAAUGCUUUAAUUGGUGAUUAUAUGACAAAGAAGAUGAAAAAUGGUUUAAUAUUUGCCAUGAAGUUUCCAGUAUCUCCUGAAAGAGAGGAAGAACAAGAUUCUGAUGAAGAGGACCAAGAAGAAUCCAGAUUGAUUCCAAUGAGUCCAAGCUCCACUUCAGUGAGUUGUAGUGAGUCUUUGGAUAACUUCCAAGAGAGGGUAUAUACUGAACUUCUACAAAACUAUUCCAAGUUAGAUCUCAGCAGCUGUGAUGAUAACCUUAAAAAUUCAAUGAAGAAGUAUAUAGAAAAUGGCUUUAAGAAGGAUAUCAGUACAUCAGAAACGUCUUCACUCCCAGAAUUCCAGAGUAUGAUGGAGUUAGCUGCACUUAAUCUAAACAGAGAACUUGACUUGUACAGAAAGAAGCUGAUGCUUUUCAACAAUUUAUUUGACUUAGCUUCUAUCAAGAGAAGAGGGAGUCUAGCUUUAAGACAAAACUCAGUAGAGGUCACCACUUCAGACAUUCCGUCCAUGAUAGACAAGAUGAGUCAAUGUAGAGAUGAUAUCUUAACUAUAGAGAAUAAGGUACAAGAAGCAUUACAAUACCAACAGCCUGUUCAGUAUGACUACCCUUAUAUAGGUGUCAACGAGGCACAGGUUUCUAUACCUACUACACCAUUCCUCUCCAUAAAUAACACAAAGAUAGUUCCACAGACAAGUUUUGAUGUCAAAAUGUUAAAACAUGGAAAGAUUCCAUUUAAAAUGUCCCUGAGAGCAGAUAUACAAAAAGGUCAUCUACUAUUGAUAAAACCAGCUAAAGAUAACUUAGACCAAACAGCUCUUCCACAAGAUCAAAUAUGCCAGCUUGUGAAGAAUACAAAUGACAAUACAAGAUUGGAUAUGAUUUUAGAUAAUAAAAAGAAACAGAUAUUUUGUUUUGAAAAUGUACAUAAACGUGAAAACUUUUGUCAACAAAUAAUGCAUAUGAAAAAUAAACAUUCCAAGGGAAAUAAUGUGGACCAGAUUUCUCUUUUUGUGGGAACAUGGAAUAUGGGUGACAAAGCUCCAACACAGAAUAUAUCAUCAUGGUUACAGUGUCAUGGCCGUGGCAAAAUAAUGGACCAUAAAAUAUUUGGACACAUUCCAUAUGAUAUAUAUGUGAUAGGUACACAAGAGAGCGCCAUGACAGAAAAAGAAUGGGUUAAUUUCAUAAAGAAACAGAUUACACAGUGUGGAUUUGCUGAAAUAGAAGUGGUUGAAGUGUGUACAUUAUGGGGAAUAAGAUUAGUAAUUAUAGUACAGAAAAAACAUUGGCAUAGUAUAAAUAGAAUACAGAGGUCAUCAGUCAGGACAGGGAUCGCCAAUACAUUAGGUAACAAAGGUGCUGUUGGUAUUUCAUUUUAUUUUAGAGGAACUUCUUUCUGUUUUAUCAAUUCACAUCUUACUUCAGGAGAUGAAAGAAAUGAAAGACGUAAUGCAAACUAUCGAGAUAUAAUAAAAGGUUUAUCAUUAGGACAGAAACAUUUAGAUUUGUUUGACGUAACUAACCAAUUCCAUCAUGUCUUCUGGUUUGGUGAUCUGAAUUACAGAGUAGAAGAUAAUAUAGAGAUUAUUUUAGAAAAAUGUGAAUCUCAAGAUAUACCAUAUUUACUUGGUAAAGAUCAGUUGCUGAAAACACAACAUAAUAAAAAGGCUUUUUGUGGAUUUGAGGAAGCUAGAAUAGAAUUUAUGCCAACUUAUCGAUUACCUAGACACAAAAUGGAGUACAAAUAUGAUUGGCUGAAACAGAAGAAGAGCGGGGAUAGAGUUAAUGCCCCAUCAUUCUGCGACAGAAUAUUGUGGAGGUCAUACCCUGAAACUUAUGUUGAAAAUAAAACUUAUGGCUGUGCAGAAAAAGUUUUAGGCAGUGAUCACCGACCAGUUUUUGCGUCCUUUAAUGUUGGAGUUAGUUCAGAUUUUGUGAUGAACAGAGAUUCUUUAAUAGAGGAUUCUGUAGUGGAAAUAUUAUUUGAUGAAAUUGAAGCACAGGUGAAGACCUGCUGUAAACAGUCUUUUGUGAUAGAAUUUAGAUCAACAUGUUUACAGGAAUUUGUCACCAGUCAGUCAAAUGCUACAUUUUUAGAGAACAAAACUGGUUUAUAUACCUGUCCUGUAUGGAGAUCUCUACAACUUCCUAAAUUGAAGCCAUUGUUUGGAGACCAGGAUUACUUAGAAGAACAACAUAUAAUGGUGGCAGUGCGAUCAAAAGAUGGUGACAAGGAAUCAUAUGGGGAAUGUGUGGUUGCACUGAAGAAAAAAUUUGAACAAAUUCCUCAAAAAUUUGAAUGUAUGCUACUUCAUCAAGGAGAAGUAACUGGCAAACUAAAAGGGAAAAUGCAUGUGCUAGUAGGAGGAACUUCCAAGAAGAAGACUUCUAUAAAGUCAUAUGAACUUGUUGCCUUUGACACAGAUACCGAUGAAUAUUGUGAUCCUGAUCUCAUCCAUUCUGAUGUCACUCCUGCUACACCUGAUGUUAUCCGCAUUACUCAAAAAUCUCAGUUGUCUCCUACAACUGCAAAACAAACAUCUCCCUUGUCUCAAUUAAAACAAAAAGGAACCAGUAGGCCAGUGACUGACAUGCCAAAGAGUUCUCGUUCAGAGGAAUAUGAAGAAAUUUCUGUUGGUCAGAGAAUAAGACCAGUAACUGAGGUUCCCCCAAGUAGAACAUUAAGUAAGAGAACACCACAAUAUGAAGAAAUAGAUCUGUUACAGUUUCCAGAGCAGUCACAAACUACUGGUGCUAGACGUAAACAGCUUCCCCCACCAUCCUCAGACUCACCCAUCUCUUUCAGUGCUCCACCUGAAGUACCCCCACCUCCAUUACCUAAGAAGCAGGCUUCAUACGUCAAUGUUAUACAGAGUGCAUCUAAGGCUAUGUUCCAACAGCAAAAUCAAGUACAACCUAGAAAUGAUGUUGCUGAUUGGUUGAAUGGAUUAAGUUUGCAACAGUAUAUUGAAAAUUUUAUGGAGCAUGGCUUUGAUUCCAUGAAACAUCUCCGUUUAUCUCGACAGGACUUAGUAAAAAUAGGGAUUAAAGAUGUGACUCACAGAGAUAAAAUUCUUAGCAGUUUAUUUGAAUUUGAUAGCAACUGUUGACAAUUAGCAAUGUUAAUAUCAAUAGUUUCUUUUAAUAUAAAUACCUUACAAUUAUGAACAUGAUUAUCUGUAAAUGGAAAAACAUCACUAAUCUUAAUCAUGCUUUUUAUUAAGAAAAAAUGCUAUCAAGUUUUCUGAUCCACACUAUACUAAUAAGUCUUUUAAAGAAAAAUGAUGUAAUCCAUAUAUCUCAUUGUGCUUAACUGUUGCUUGGUUUUAAUUUCUGAUAGAAAGUGUAUGGAAGACUUUUUUAGUCAAACAUGUGUCACGUCCUAAUUCUUGACAUGACUGAUAUCAUUAUUGACAUGUUUGUGAUGAAGGGUCCAAAUCAAAUUGUCAUGCCUUAUUUGUUAACUUACAAAACAAUUUCUUCUUUAAAAAAAUCUAAAAUAAAUGUUAUUUUUUUUAUAGAUUUGUCAUUUGCUUUCCACAACUCAGCUCAAACCACCCUAUGGGAUCAGAAUUAUCUUUGGUUUUUUUUUAAUGAUACAGCAAACACAUAUUUUUAGAUUAUGGGUGAUUGAAAUCAUGACACUUCUCUCUCUUGUUUAAUACCAUAUUUUCACAAAGAAAUCUACCAAUUUCUGCUUUCUAGUUAGUUCAGUUUUCACUGACUGAUUGAAGAUUAGAUUUGACUGAAACUUUACACUCUUAAUACACCAUUGUAUAAUUAAGAGCUUAUCUAGAUUUUCUCUGCUUAAAACUGACCAACAGUACAUUUGUCAUACAUAUAGAAACUUAGCAUUAUCAUCAACAUACAAACAAAACAGAUAUAUUUAAAGCAGCCAUUUGAUCAUAGUAUUUAUAGUUUUUACUCAUGUCAUAGGUGACUUUCACAGGGACUCUUUAAAAGUGAAGCAUGAAUCAUGAAAUAAUUUGAUUUUUUCUCAUAAUGUUUUUAAUAAUUGUGAAUAAAAGGAGAUUUAAUGUGUCAACAGUAAACCCACAACACAAAAAACCAACACAAAUAUAAGUAUGUUUGAAAAUGUUAAUUAGAUUAUUCUUUGUGCCCAUAUAGUUCCUUGUUUAUUAGUUGUUGAAUUUUUAUGGUGCUAUUUGUGUCUGUUUUCUGUAUAAACCAUGAACUCCCAGUAAAGGGAGAUAACUUGUACAGUAUAUUGUAUUUGAUUCCUGAUCUGUAUUAUAUUGUAUGUACUUAGUAGGUAUCUUCCUUUAUUAUCAAUUUGCUGUUUAUUGUAUGAAGGAGAUUAGAGAAUGAGAAACUAUCCUUAUUUUGUCAUAUAUUUAUACUAUAAAGUUCAAGUAAAAUGUACCCCGUUAUUUUUUAUGUUUAUUUAAAAGUCAGCCAGUAACAUUAAUUAACUUGCUCAGUGACUUCUUAUGUUUGCCAAAUUAAGUUAAAUAAAACAAAAAAUUGGUUCACAGCAUUUCUACCAUUGUUUUUAAUGAUUAAGUGUAAAAUUCAAAGAUAAAAUUUGUUGAAAUAACUUCCAGUGUUUAUCCAUAUUCUAUCUUUCCUUCCAUAUUAAAGAUCGAAUUAUGAACUUUGCACUUUACUGUUAAUUAAAAAAUAAUGCCUUCAUUUAUCAUUGUAAAAUUUUGACAACACAAUAAUCCAAGAUGAUAACUGAAUGCUAAAUCAGUAAAUCCUACGAUUUCAAGUACUGUAAUUAAUUUCAUUCCUGCACAUCGUUUAUUAGAAUAUGGCUAGAAAAAGUUGACAUGCCAAUUUUCACAUGACUAUCACUGACAUAAAGAUAAUGUUCAGAGUCUCUCCAUCCUUUAUGAAGAUUAAUGUUAGACUCGGUAGAAAAAAAAUCAAUAUUUUCAAAUACAUUUGUACUGCAAAAUUACUUUAUAUGAUGACUGCCUUGGACAGACUUAUCAUGCACUCAUGGUAUAGCAACCUCUAUUUCUUAUUGGGAUGUUCAUCCUGUCACAUUUUUUUCCAUUUAUAAAAGCAUCACAUUAACUUUUCAGUAUUUUUCCUCUGCAUAAUUGAACGUAGGGAUCUUGUUUCAUGCAUAUUUACCCAAUUCAUUGUGAUCCUUUUUUCUUUUAAGUAUUAUAAUUUUAAAAGUUAUAGUAUAUAUAUACACCUAACAAAAGUGAUUCUCUUUAUUUUGAAGAUCUGACUUUUAUAUGACAUAAUAUACUAUUGUAUACACAUAAGUGUAUUCAAGAAUUGUAAAAUGUUUUAUUACUAUUUGUUGCUGGAAUUAUAAUGAAAUCUUUUAUAUAUUAUUUUCAUAAUAAAAUAUUAAAAAAGCUA